AUGCCUAAAUAUUAUUGUGAUUAUUGUGACACAUAUUUAACUCACGAUUCACCGAGUGUCAGAAAAACACAUUGCACGGGAAGGAAACAUAAGGAUAAUGUUAAAUUUUACUACCAAAAAUGGAUGGAAGAACAAGCUCAACAUCUCAUUGAUGCUACAACAGCGGCAUUCAAAGCUGGUAAGAUAGCACAGAAUCCAUUUAAUAAAGGAGCUGCUAUUCCACCCCCUUGGGAUCCCAGUGUAAUGGGUCCAGGUGGCCCUAGACCGCCAGUGCCAGCACCGGGAGGUCCACCAGGGAUGCUGCCUCCUCCAUCGAUGGGACCUGGAGCCCCGAUGGCGCCGCCGAUGAUGAUGGGACCACACGGGCCUAUGCCACCUAUGAUGGGCAUGAGACCACCAAUGAUGGGGCCGAUAAUGGGGCCGAUGGGUCCCAUGGGACCUAUGGGUCAAAUGCGACCACCUCUAAUGAAUGGACCACCUAUGAACAAAUAG